GGGAAACACAAGACAAAUGAAAACCAGGUGAUGAAAAAUAAACUUGAAAAGUAGAUUUAAUCCUAUGACAUGCUUAAGUACAAACUUGAGGUAGUAAUACUUUAUGUAUUUCCAUUUUAUGCAAUUCAUAUUUCUCCUCGACGACAUCUCAGAGGCAAAUCUUGUACUUUAUACUCCCUGAAUUUGAAUCUGACAGCUUUAGGGACUAACUCCAUUUAAGAUUACAUACUUUCUACAGAUUUGCACAGCGUUUUUUGAUUUUUUCUCAUUAGCUGUUGGAUUAAGCAUUCUUUAUGUUCAGCCAAAUUCUCCUUGUUCUUCAGUUGAGCUAUUUUAAAGACCCUCCUGGAUUGGCUGGAAAAUACGUCGUCACCAAUCUGAAAACAGACCCUCAUAUUAGUCAUAUUUACCGUUGUUUUUUCUGUGAACAUGAUGAGUUCAGAACGAGUGGGACUGAAUCCAGCAUCUCUCAGUGAGCAGUGCGCUUACAGCUUGCUGUAAAAAGGUUCAUCAGAGGCCGAGGGUCUUUAUGCAGAGUAAUCCCACCGUUUCUUUCUGGAAAGCAGGGCAAGCAAUGGAACCACUGAGUCAAAUUUUGGAUCUCAUUCUCAUGACAAAGCAUUUGUCUCACAGCUGAUAGAGGGCUGUGAAGCUAUAAAAGAGAGCGACGGCACGUAUGAGCACCCAUAGUAUUUACAGUACCUGGCAGAGACAUAAUCAGAGGAGAGCAGAGCGGAGCAGCGAUGGGCAGGAUCAUCUUCUAUGAGGACAAGAACUUCCAGGGUCGCAGGUAUGAGUGUGACAGCGACUGCUCUGACUUCCACUCCUACCUGAGCCGCUGUAACUCCGCCCGGGUGGAGAGCGGGACGUGGGUGAUCUACGAGAGACCGAACUACAUGGGCUACCAGUAUGUCCUGUCCAGAGGCGAGUACCCCAACUACCAGAGCUGGAUUGGCCUCAACGACAGAGUCAGCUCCUGCAAAAUGAUUCACUUUUCCAGCGGCGAUCCGUACAAGAUCCAGCUGUAUGUCAAAGGAGACUUUUCCGGUCAGGUGUUCGAAGCGACUGAGGACUGUCCCUCUGUGCUCGACAAGUUCCACUGGAGGGAGGUUCACUCCUGCCGGGUCGUGGGAGGAUGGUGGGUCUUCUACGAGCACCCCAACUACAAGGGUCGCCAGUACCUGCUGGAGAAAGGCGAGUACCGCAAGCCGGUGGACUGGGGCGCGUUCUGCCCCACUGUGCAGUCUUUCCGAAGGGUAACUGAGUAGACGCUCUCCCUUUUUUCUUGCAUUUUCUGUGGCUGCUCAUUAGCUCCCGACUGACGCGAGAGAACA